GAUCCGGCUGCGGGACUGGAAGUAGCAGCAGAAGAAGAAGACGAAGGAGCCGCCGAGCCAAAAACAUUCACAUUACAGUUAAAAUUGAGGCUAAAAUCAGUCUGGAUUCACUCUCACCGGCGGGAGGAGAGCAGUCACACUCGGAGCUCUUCAGCUGAGUCGCUCAAAAACACCCAAAACAAAAAUGCCGAGCAAAAAGAAGAAAUAUAACGCCAGAUUUCCUCCGGCAAGGAUUAAGAAGAUCAUGCAGACAGAUGAAGAAAUAGGCAAAGUAGCUGCUGCAGUUCCUGUAAUAAUCUCUCGGGCACUUGAGCUCUUUUUGGAGUCACUCCUGACAAAAGCCUGUCAUGUUACUCAGUCACGGAACGCCAAAACUAUGACCACCUCACAUCUGAAACAGUGCAUUGAGUUGGAGCAGCAGUUUGACUUCCUGAAGGAUCUGGUGGCCGCGGUGCCAGACAUGCAGGGAGAGGGGGAUGAGAAUCAUGCUGAGGGAGCAGAGAAGAUCCCACGCAGAGGUCGCAAGCCUGGUUCAGGACGCAAGAACGGAGGAGCAGGUGCCAAAGGCAAAGACAAGAAACUGUCAGGCACAGAGUCUGAACAAGAGGAUGACUCUGAAGACAGUGAGACAGAUGGAGAGGAGGAUGAAAUUUCUCAACCCAACACAAAUCUACAGGCACCAUCUCACUUCCCCAGCCAAGACAUGCCCCCUCAGUACAUGCCCAUGCCCAUGGGCACCCCUCAGGCUACUAUUUCUAUGCCCAUCAGCUCCUUUGCCCCCCACCCUUCAGUCAUGGGGAUUGUACCUCCCCCACCAGCCCCUGUGCCGCACAAGGAUGAAAAUGACGAUGAUGAAGACUACGACUCUUAGCUCCUUCCUCCUACCCUCACCCACUAUUUUACAUUAAUUUUCUUAAGUUGUUCUUAUUUGGCUGCAAAAUGCAAAACAGAUGGAACCUGAAGAAAAGUUACAGAGACGAAACAGAGUAAACGUCCACUUACUAGUGAGAGAAAAGGACGUUGGCAAGACUGCAGCCACAGUGCAAGAAGUAUAGGUUGUAUAUUAGCUGUCUGUUUUAAUUUUGUUUUAAAACAAAUUCUUAUUUUAUUGUUGAGGAAAGAUUACAGGAGCAUUUAUCCAGGCUGUUUUUUUUUUUUUUAAUGAGAUAAUUGUUGAAUUUUUGGCGUACCACUUUUUUUUUUUUUGGAAAAAGGCCCCCCAAUCAAGGACGUCAUCUUUUUGUGAUUUUUGGCAUAGAGAUCCUCUUGUUCUUUCUUUUCUUUUUUUUUUUUUUUGCAUCACUUUUGUUUCUGUAUUCUCUUAGGUUGCCGUUCCUAUUUGCUGUUCUACGCUGACGUUCUGUGACUUCCAGGACAUAUCACUCAUUUUUCAGUGUGCUUUGAUUCGUCUUAGCUCAGGGUGUUAUAAACUUUCAUACUCAAGUCCUACUUUAAAAGAAAGAGAAAAUAAGCAAGACGAGGAACACUAGCCCCAAAGCGAUUGAUUUGGACGCUUUACCCACAGGUGUUGAAUUGUCACCUCUGAAGCUGUCAGUCGGACCUGAGCAGAUGUACUUUCGUGACCACCUAAAAUGUUGCACAAUUGGCUGAAGCUAAAUAGGUCAGGGCUUGUGUGUUGAGUGCAGCCCAAAUCCGUGCGUUGAUGAGUGAGUAAUGUGUAGUUGAUGUGGAAUCUGUAUGGGGCAAAUACCUACAGCCUGCAGACUUUUUUUUUCUCUACAUAUUUGUCAUUUUUAAAUUCAUAUUUUAUGAUUAAAACAUAAAAAACUACACAAGACAUGAAGUAAAAUAUGUGGUUUUUUUAGUUAAUUUUUCCCCUUUGGUUUUCAUUGUCAUUUGAGUUAAUAUUGGACAUGUUGAAUAAAUCUCUCUAUAUUUAUAAGCUAAAACCAGGCCAAGAUUGAGCUAGUUUGCUUUUUUUCCUUGAAUGGGGAAUUUUUAGGAACUGAACAUGCGUGCAUUCUUUUGCACACAGUCAUGAUGCACAAACACUCAUUCAUUUAGCCCUACGGCCCUCUUAUCAACCAACUGUGGACAUAAAUGCACAUUUAUAUCAACUAUAUUCUUGGUCUUGUAUCUUUUAAAUGGUUUUAAUGUUCUUUGGGCUGAGAGGAGCCAGACCCCUUAUCCCCACCGCCCUUUUCUUUCUGUGGCUGUCUCUCUCCUCCAGGUGUGUAAAGUUUGGCUGCUCAGAGGCUGUAUGUAAAACUUUUAACAUUCUUAUUAUUUUGUAUGAGUGAAAUAAAGUGGAUUUCAGUAUA